CGUUCACAGUAGUCGCUGGUGAUCGCACUGUUAGUCCAUCAGUUGUAGUUAGUCUGUUCGUUACGACCUAAAACGACGCCAUUUCCUUAGAUCGCGAGUGUUCACGAUGAAAAAUUCUGCCGGGAAUGGCCGCGCGGCGAAACGCCGAAGCGUCAUACCAAUCCGCGUGCCUCCACCAGAGCCAGGAAAAAUAUUGUUGUGGUUUAUCGCGUUAGAAAUGCACUUUGAAUCACGAUCCAUUACAGACGAUAAAUUAAAAUUUAACACCCUCAUCGCGAACGUCGGAUAUGAAUGCUUAAAGCUAGUCGUUGACAUAGUGUUUGAACCACCGGCGACGGAACGGUAUGAGAAGAUGAAGAGUGAACUAAUAAAAAAACUAGCCGAUUCGAACGACAUGAAAGUGUGGAAAUUGUUCGAAGGUCAAAAAAUAGAAGACAGGAUGCCCUCCCAGUUUUACAGGGAUAUGAAGAGGCUGGCCAGCACAUUGAUCUCCAACGACCUCAUUCUGGCGCUCUGGAAAUCUCGUCUUCCGUUAAGUAUACGACUAGCCUUGGACGACCAGCUGAAAAACCAGGAAGACCAGGAUGAAAACGUCUUGACUGAAAAAGCAGACCUGAUAUACCAAGCAAAACAAUCCGUGGUAAAAACGGCGGCCAACAAACAAUCGAACCGCACCUCAGACACGCUGCACGACCGGGUAAGUCGUUUGGAAGCGCAAACUAUCGCGCUGUCCCUCGACAGUCGACGAAGGUCAUGCGCGGAAUGUCACAGAUCGUCGUCCAGAGAAAGAUUCCAGCAGCCUGGCCUAUUCAACAGCCAUGGAAUUCUCAUUAACUGGUCGAAUAAGUGUUAUUUUCCCUGCGACGGGAACAAGAACCAGGAAGACGCGACAGAGUCGUCCGUGAUCACGACGUACGACGACGACCAUGGAUGGGGCCUCAUUUAUGCGAAAGACGCUGGUACGGAUUAUUCUUACCUCGUGGACACGGGCGCCGCGCGAUGCACAUUCCCGCGAAGUAAAUUACCCCAGUAUGCUAUGCGAGCCAGAGAUGAAGAUUAUUAUCUGAUUGCGGCCAACGGGACGAGAAUCGAUACGUAUGGCCCAAUCCAGGUAUACAUCAAUAUGGGUCGUAAAUGGCGGUUCGAAUGGCAAUUCACAGUGGCAGACGUUAUCUCGCCUGUCAUCGGUAUGGACUUCCUGCAGUACCACGGGUUCCUGGUAGACACACGAAACAAAUGUCUCUUUAAACCGACCGAUCCUGCUUACGAAAUUAUCUGCCACGGAUGUCAUUGGGGACUCGACGUACCACAUAAGCCGAAUCCAUUUACCGACACCACCAAAUAUGCGGACCUAACGCAUCAGCCUGCUUUCGAGCAAAAAAGAUCUCCACAUGUCGCGGAACACUACACCGAUGCCAAGUUCGGACCUAUCCCCCAUAGCAAACAAUGCGACUAUAUCGACCCUAAGAAACGGAAAUUCAGAAUUCAAUAUGAUGAUGAAGCAAGGAAAACUUUACCUUUAAAAUUAGAUAACUACUCUAGGAUUAAAUAUACACAAGAUGACGAACGUUAG